UCGAGUGGUACAGUCAGUGCAUGAAAAUGAGUUACUGAGCCAGCUAUACAUAAUCUCAACAUUUCAUUUCCAUCUAAUAUCACAUAAAUACAACUCCACAGCAGUGUACAGAUGCGAACGGAGCGAGUAUGUAAUUCUCCGAUACGUUUGAAUGAAUUGAUAAUCGCUAACAAGUCCUGUCAGAGUUGAUCAUGCUGAAAAUUAAAUUGCCCAUGCGAACGGCGGAGGAAGAAUACCAUACCGUCGAAGACGAGCAGGAAAAUACCGAUUACAACAGUCUCACUAUUGAUUCGAUUUCGUACCGUGGUGUGAGCCACCGGUUCAAGGAUUCAACGAGGGAAUCGUGUCGCCUGUCGCAAAUUGACAAGGAGACGGUGUUUGAGUGGUUCGGCUUGCACCUCAACCCAGCAAAGCGGAUAGAGUUUAUGUACGGAAUACUUCAUAUGUGUCAACCACUUGAGCUUCGCUUUUUCGGAUCCUGCCUUGAGGACCUUGCACGGAAAGAUUUCCACGUCUUCCGAGACUUUGAGAUAAGGGCGAACAGUCAAACUGACUUGGGCCUCCUUAUGGACGUUGCCGACCCUGUCGUGCGUUCCAAACUACUUGUCUACCUGUCACUUUUGAGAUCUGAAAACAGAGAAUGCGCGGGCACACUUUAUCGUGCUUUGAACCAUAUGGACCCAGCGCUGUACUUGAAUACUUAUCAUGGCGUUCCAGUAUCUCCACGUGGGAGCGCUCAGAAUGUACCUGAUCAACAUUCCCCUCGCGAUGGCGGAAUGAAGUCCGGGAGAUUGGAGCAUCCCAGUGGGCCUCCACUGGAGGCAGAGUCGGGUUCCCUGGAGCACUUGGCGCUGCUUUUCACCAUGGCCUCGCUGCACCCGGCGUUCUCUUUUCACCAGAGGGAUACUGCCAGGCACCAGUUGGACAAUGUGGAACGGGCCAUAGAGGAGAGAAGGUAUUGCCACAACCGCCCGAGCGUCCAGCAGAAGCAGCAUACCCUGCGAAAGGAGGACCUCAGCCUCAGGAGCACUGACAUGGGUCAGUCGGCCUGCUGUAUUCCCAAUCAGCUCCUGAACAGGACCUUAUCUCAGAGAGAAGCAGUUCACAUUGACAAGAUUGAGCUAAAGAAGAUCUUUUGGAACCGAGGAAACAGGGAAUACAGUAUUGAGGUCCAGUGGUCUGACUCAACGUGGAGCACAGUGACCAAGACUCACCAUGAGCUGUAUGACUUCCUGUCCAAGCUUCCAUGUGAGAGGUCUGCUGAGCCCUUUGAGAAGGGACUGGUGAGGUUACUGGCCCAGAGAGACCAGUAUGAACCCAGGGACCUGGAGAGGACGCUACAGGACAUGCUUCUGUCAGCCCCAGCAGCCUUCAGGCAGAGAGGAGAGGUCUGCAGGUUCCUUGUCCCCUGCCUCAGCCUCCAGGAAGAUAAUACCGUAACUCUGGGAAAGACCUGCAAGGCAGCCGAGCACUUUAAAGAAGACUGCACAGAGCCAUCCAGUCAGGACGAAGACUUCGAGUCGCACCACCUUGGGCAUCAGACGGAGUGCAGCAGCUUAGGCCAGAGCAUACUGAUGACAAAGAGCAGCCGGAGUGAGAGCCAGAGGCCUGCUGUCCACUUAGAGCACAACGGAGUGGUGGAGGGGAGGAGAAAAGCAGACGUUAUGUCCUGUUGGCCAGACCCACAUCAGAAGGUAGAUGAGAAAUGGGCUUUCACUCCAGAACUAAAGAGUAGAAGAAGACCUGAUGAAGUUAGGAGAAAUGAGGGGGCCAAAGCCUACAUCCCCAAUGGCAUCAUCAGACCGCUGUCAACAAACGUCACUAGACAGGGUGUCAGUGAGAAGCCAGUCCAGGACAGGUAUGGAGACACGUGGUCUGAGAGCUCCAGUACCCCCUCCAGCCCCCAGCAUGAGGCCCGUGAGAGUCUGGAGAGUGAGGACCUUGAAGACCUGGAGGAAGAGAGAGACACUACUGAGAGUUACUCGGAUCACUCUGUCCAGCAGAAGAGGGCGAGUGGUCACAGCAGGGGGAAAGUUGUGGCUACUGUACACCCUAUGGUCCCUGUCCCCCACAAGGAAGAGCCAUCCUACACUGACAGUACCCGAAGUGUACAUCCUAUACCACUGACGGUCCAGAAUGGGCCCACCAUGCCAGACGUUAUGGUCUUUGUCACUUCACAGCCGGGGGGACGUUUCACCAGCAGAGGGGGCACUGACUGGGACCACCCCCAUGGUUCCUCAGGAGUCCAUCCCAAGCCAAGCUCCCCUGGGAGACAACCCCCAGCACCAGCCCCCCAUGGGUGCAAUCAGUGUCACCCCCCCCCGACCUCCCACAUGUCCCCCCUGCAGCAAACAUGCAUCACCACUGACUCAGCCUCCACUGCCACCCUACCCCGAGCAGCCUCUCUCCCUGACCCUAACACCAGGCCUCAAGCCCUGGCUGUACCCACCAGCUUACCCACCCCUAACUACGUGACACCCUCCUCAGGGGCAUCUGUGACCCCAGCUGCCAUCAGUCAGGUUCAGGCCACUCUGCUCCCAGCCGUCCCCACUCACACCCCCGGCCCCGUGUACAGCCAAGCCCUGACCCUCACCCGCAGCACGGCCCAGGGAGACGGCACCGCUUCUUGCAGCAGCUCGGGGGUGGCAGCAGGGCAGGCCCAGCAAAAGCUGCAACCCCAGCAGCAGGCCCAACCUCUCCAGCAACAGCAGAUGAGCUGCAACACUUGCGGUUGCCGUGGCAGCUGUGGUAGUAGCCACUCCCCCAACCCCAACUUCUACUUCCCUCCCCAGCUGGGGCGCCAGGUCUUCAGCGCCGCCCACCUCCCUCUCUUCCACCUCCCGUCCAUGUGCAGUGCUGGAUACCCCAGCCACCGCAGUCAGGUCCAACACCAGAGCAACGGCACCACACAGCUUCCCUUCUAUCCCCCUCCUCCUCACACAGCCACGCCAACGCAAUACGUCAGUGGACACCUGCUCCACACCUCCCACUCAGACCACAUGCUGGCCACCCAGGCUGGAUACAACCUGCAGCAGAUGGCAGCUGCUUCCUUCAACCCUUUCUACACACCCAUGUUCUCCUCGGUGGGACUGGGCACGGGCAUGAAGAAGAGCAGUGCCAACGUCUCCUGCUAUAACUGUGGGCUCAGCGGGCACUAUGCCCAGGACUGCAAGCAGCCCUCAAUGGACGCCGGGCAGCAAGGUGGCUUUCGGCUGAAGUACGCAGCCCCCCACUCCUCUGAAGCAGACAAAACUGACUGACAUGACAGAGAGAGGACCAAGACAAUGCUUUGUUUAUCUCACUACAGUAAAGGUUCCAGAAAUCCAAAGGGUUGAGUUUUUCAACAAUUUGUAAUACCUUCCAAAUGUCCUUUAGGGGUUUGAGAACCCAUGCAAAUAUCCUGACUAGUUUCUCAGUAAAGAAUGGAAUCCAGUAUAAUUCUCAGACUUUUCAGAGGGUGGUAUUUUGCACUGAAGACCGGCACGAGACAAGCUCACAUUUACAGACUAGUCUCUUACUUUAAAGAAAGAAAACCACAUAUUUAAAUGGUGUGGUGGUAACUUGCAUUCGAUAAGGAUUGAUAGAUUUGGAGAGAAAAAAAAUUAUAUUCUAAUUUUAAUGUAGGUCUUUUUAGAACAUUUCAAUUCUUCAAGAAUCUGCCUUUGGUUCAAGUCGUUAUAUGUUAGGCUAAGUAGCCUAUAUCAACUAAAGCAUGUCAUGACUUCAAGUCUCUGUUCUCCCUGUCAGUUCUUUCAUAUGCUAGCACUUGUAAUGGGAGGGAAGGUAGUGAGUAGGACAAUGCCUUAGUGCCUCACAGAGAAAAGAUGGAGAGGGUUAUAUUAUCGCAUAGUUAAACCUACCAGCUCAUUAAAUUUCUUUUUUAUCUAUUUGAAAUAACAAAAUAUGUGAUUUAUAAAAAUGGGUGGGGGGGUGAAUAUUCAAAAACUUCACAUGCUCUUUUAUUUUUUUGGAUUGUCAUAAAGUGGAGGAAAGAUGUAUGGUUUAUGAGAUAAAAAUAUUUAUGUAAUUUGUUUUUUGACAGAAUAUUCUGAAUGUACCAUAAAUACCCUGUAUUGCAUUUGUUUUACAUGCUAACGGUAUUCCAUUUAAGGAAAAUCUUUGUGCGAAAAGGAAUGUUUUAUUGUCAUUUGUUGCCACUUGAUUUAAUGUGAAGCAUGUAUUAAGUUAAUCAUGUCUGUCAUUCAUGAUGUUAAAGGGAUACUACAGGAUUUUGGCAAUCUACUUCCUCAGAGUCAGAUUAAUUUGUGGAUACCAUUUUUUAUGUCUCUGCGUGCAGUUUGAAGGAAGCUGCUAACUAGCGCUAGUGCAAUUGCUAACUAGCAUUAGAGCAAUGACUAGAAGUCUACGGUAUCUGCUAGCAUGCUAGACUUCCAAUCAUUGCGCUAAUGCUAGUUAGCAUUGGCUCAUGAAACCACCUCUUAACAUAACAGUGGUAUCCAGGAGUUCAUCUGACUGGGGAAGUAGAUAAAGAGCCUCAUUGCCACAAUCCUGAAGUAACGUUAUAACCCUUUAAUGCUGCUGUUUUGUUUGUAACUGUCUCCUGGGGGCAAAAUUGCACUAAUCCUUACAGGUCUGUGCGUGUGUAUAUCUAUGUUUGGUUCUUUGUGGGUCAUGUCCCAAAUGCUCUCAGGCAAUGAGAGGACUCUUGUGGUUAAUGUAUCCCCUAAGCCUCUCCUCUAGGAGGUGAUUUUCUGAGACCCAAAUCAACCCCCCAUCAGUAGGGUCGAUCUUUGGAUUGGGCCACAGAAUCACUGUCCCUUAUCCUACCACCAUGCAUGUACUGUACCUGUUGAAGAUGUUGAACGUUUGGCUCCUGCCCGUUUGUGUAGGCUUGUGUCAAGCUCUUUGUUGCCAGUACUUUAUGUGCCCUAUUCCUCCUUUCUCAUGCAGCAAUGAGAUUGUAUUAUGCAUGUAGGUGUAAAUUUGUGCACAUCUGUAAGAGGCUAACUACACACACUUACUGUACUCAAAUGAGAACUUCUGUAUUAGAAAAAAGGUAAAACACUCACUGUUGUUAAAGACAAUCGCCUGUUUGUGGGAUUGAAACCCACCUUUCUCUUUCACUGUCUGCUGUUGAGGUGGAUUGUUUAGUGUUUUCCAGCAUACCAACACACAGGCACGCAAUGUGUAAGCUAUCUGAAAUUGACACGCAGGUAAAGUGGAACGUUUUAUAAAGUGGAACGUAUCUGUAAGCAGCUUUUCAGAAUCCGUUUUUUAAAGUUUUAAACGUUUUGUAUUGGAUUUAAGAGGCCUAGUUGUUGACUUUAUUUUGAUUAAUAUCUUUAUUUUGAUGUUUCAAAUUAAAAUUGAAAGAGAAAAAAACAUGAACUAUCAAGCCUGUUUGAUGUAUUUGUUGAACUUUUAUGUUAAAGAUGCAGUGCUGAAGGUUGAGGUAGUGUUACCUCUGGUGCAAUUCAUCUAUUGAUUAAAUGUUAAUGUCGCAACUGAAAUAUGUAAUUAUACAAUAGUUCCUUCCUGUGCAAAAUUAAUUAAACAUACUUUUUUUUUCUUCAGGGAAGUUGGUAGCAAUCAAUGAAAAAACAACAAAAACACAGGUUUAUAUUUUAAUAUGGAGAUCCCCAUGCUAUAUCAGAAUUGCGAAAUGCAUUCUAAAUGGUUUAUUCUUCCAUACAUUUUUUUAAUAUAAAAUAGACAUUGAAUAUCUAAGGUCUUCUCUGUUAUUUCCAUUGAACAAUGUUUUCACCAUUAUUAAAGUUGGAAUACGUAGCAGGGAAACUGCCACGUCCGUUUGCGAUAUAAUUACAAACAACGACGUUUUUUCAAACAACGAACACUGUUUUUUUUCCCCUCUGACGUCAUUGCCUGCGCGACAGAACAGCAUAGGAUGUAUUUGGAAAAACAUAAACAAAUGCACCUGGGGUGACGAGUGUCACUGUUUCACCUUUAAAUGACUAUUUACUAUUGUACAAUAUUGUACUAUUGUUUUUCACUGUUCAGGGUCAGAUCAAUUCCUAACUGUACAUUCACCGGCCAGAAGGUGGCAGUGUAUGUCAAGUGUAGUUCUCAAUGUUGUACGUGAAAAAACCUGUGGUUGAUGAGAAGACUUUCAUACAGGAAGUGUUUGGGGUAUUGAGUCCAGGUUGAAAAAAGUAGAAUACUACUGUUCUCUGUGGAUGAUCAGACAGAGUUGUUUUAGAAUAAGUAAAAAAAUAUACUUAAAUUUUUUUUUUUUACAAAGGUUGACCGUAUUUCAACACUGCAUAGAAUUACAGUAUAUAAAAUAGUCAAUGCCUCGAGGAAGAAAUCUGGUUUAAUCUCGGGAACACAAUCCGGUAACACUUUACUUCACACCCAGCGUCAACACGUUAUGCCACAUACAUAACCAUGUCAUAACAGCUGACACAACUUGUCAUUACACUGUCAUGAUAGAUAUUUACACCUGUUGUGACAUAUAUUGCGUUAUUUUAUGGCUGGUUAUGACACCAUAGGUGUCAAAACUCACAUUUAUUCAAAUGUGUUUUUUCCCUGCCAAGAAGUUUCCUUUCAUUUUAAAGUUUGUUAAAUCCUAUGUUGUUCUAAUGAAUUCUUUAGUCAUGUUUCUUUUUCAUAUUUUAAAUAACUUGCAGAAAGUACACUCUGACACUGUCAUGAAGCAUUAUGACCAUCCUGUGCUACUUUACUUGGACUAAGAAAAUGCACUUUGACACUCAAGAAGCAUUAUGACGUUCAUAAUAAUAUAAACCAGAUUAGCAUUUCACGUGCAUGCCCUUAUGUCAGACAUCAGUCGAAAAGAGGGUGUCUUGUCCUGCUCCUUAAAUCUGCCCCUGCAUUCAUCCCAGUCAUCAGCAACAGAGCAUUGGGGUAGCUGAAUGUCUGAUGUAAAUGUGGGUGCAAUUACAAUUUAAUGAGCUAUUUCAGAAAAUUUUAUAUAACAUAGCCAACUUGUCAACAGUUUGUUUAUGGUGUAAUGGAAUGUUUUGCCUUGUGUGGUAGGUUUUGUGGGUUUUGACAUUCUUAUUUAGGUGUAACAACCAGCCAUAAUAUAACUACUGUGGUAGGUUUUGUGGAUUUUGACAUUAUUAUGUAGGUGUCAUAACAGCCAUAAAAUAGUGUAAUAUAUGUUAUGUCUAAAUAUACGUGUCCUUACAGUGUUAUGACCAUAUUAUGACAGGUUAUGUCAGCUGUUAUGUGUCCAUAAUGUUAUGACGCUGGGUGUCAAGUAAAGUGUUAUCCACGAUCUUAUAUAUUCAGUAUUCUGUGCAGGUUUAUGAAGCAUAGUAAAAUGUGUACGCCAGAGACCUCUAAAUGUAGGCCUAUUACCUCCUUCACUUCAUUUGCAACAAUAAGAUAUCAGAAAAGGGAAUCAACCUGCCACCCAUUGAAAAUGUACAUACCAAAUGCAUUGAGGAUGCUUUAUCUGAAUAAAAAUAUAAACGUUCAACAUA